ACUGCUCCUCUCAAGGCAGUUACAAUUCGCGUACGGCAACGCCAACUGUUUCCACCCCGCCAGUGCCAGUGCCAGUGCCACCUCCAAUUCUGCCCACCCACCUUCCAUAGGUUCGAGAUGAAGCAGACCGUGGUCCUGUACCCCGGUGCCGGCGUCGGUCACGUUCGCCCCAUGACAGAGCUCGCCAACGUCUUUCUCAAGCACGGCUACGACGUCACCAUGGUGCUCGUCGAGGAGCCCCUUAAGUUGUCAGACUCCGGCACCACCGUCAUAGAGCGCACCGCUGCCUCUAACCCGUCCAUCUCCUUCCAUGUCCUCCCGUCCAUCCAUGCUCAAGACUUUGCCGCCUCCGGCAAGCACCCUUUCUUACUCAUGCUCGAGCUCUUGCACUAUUACAACGAGCAGUUCGAAGCAUUCCUCCGCGCCAUCGACCGGAAAAGCUUGCACUCUGUUGUCCUCGACAUGUUCUGCAUUGACGCCACCGACGUUUGCAUGAAUCUCGGCGUCCCUGUCUACACGUUCUUCGCAGGGAGCGCCUCGUGCCUGUCAGCUCUAACCCAGCUCCCGACACUGAUUGCCGGCAGGCAGACAGGCUUGAAGGAACUCGGGGACACGCCGCUCGAUUUCGUCGGCGUUCCGCCGAUGCCAGCGUCUCAUCUCAUCAAGGAACUGCUGGAGCACCCCGAAGAUGAGAUGUGCAAGGCCAUGAUGAACAUCUGGAAGCGCAAUACGGAGACCAUGGGCGUUCUCCUCAACACGUUCGAGUCGUUGGAGAGUCGGGCGGUGCAGUCUCUGAGGGGCCCGCUCUGCGUUCCCGAAAGGAUCCUGCCUCCGAUCUACUGCGUCGGUCCAUUGGUCGGCAAGGGCGCCAAGGAUGUGGAAAAAGUAGAGAGGAACGAAUGCCUCGAGUGGCUCGACAUGCAGCCCGACCGCAGUGUCGUGUUCUUCUGUUUGGGGAGCAAGGGCACGCUCUCGACAGAGCAGCUGAAGGUGAUGGCCAUUGGCUUUGAGAGGUCAGGGCAGCGGUUCCUAUGGUCCGUGCGCAUGCCUGCGGGAAGCGACAGCCCAGAAAAAUACUUGGAAGGCUGCCCUGAGCCGGAACUUGACGCGCUCCUGCCUCAAGGGUUCUUACAGCGGACCAAUGGCAGGGGUCUGGUCAUCAAGUCGUGGGCACCGCAGAUGGACGUGCUCGGCCACAGGGCAACUGGCGCGUUCGUGACACACUGCGGAUGGAACUCGGUACUGGAGGCCAUUGUGGCUGGGGUGCCGAUGUUGUGUCUGCCGCUGGAAGGAGAGCAAAGGAUGAACAAGGUGUCUAUGACAGAAGGCAUGGGCGUCGCUGUGGAGCUGGAGGGAUACAUGACAGGUUUUGUGAAAGCAGGCGAGGUGGAGGCCAAGGUGCGGCUCGUGAUUGAGGGUGAGGAAGGGAGGCAUCUCAGGGCCCGGGUAGCUGCUCUCAGGGAAGAGGCCAAGGCGGCCCUGGAGGAAGGUGGCCCGUCGCGGGUGGCGUUUGCCCACUUUCUGUUGGAUGUUGAUAAUCUUGGAAAGCAACUCGGCGAUUGACGCACUAGUAUGUACAUUUAUGUUGCCAGCAUGUUGCUGCCCUAUUUA